CGUCCCAAAUCUCACGGGAUUCCUAUUGAAGAGCUUUUACGCACGCACCUCAAGAAACCCAAAUAAGACGUCAUUAUGGUUGACUGGACAGAUGCUGAGCGCAGCGCCAUCGCCGCCAUGUGGGGAAAGAUCAACCCCGAUGAGAUCGGACCCCAAGCCCUGGCCAGGCUCCUGGUCGUGUCUCCCUGGACUCAGAGACAUUUCAGCACUUUUGGCAACUUGUCAAAUUCCGCCGCCAUCAUGGGUAACGCCAAGGUGGCCGCACACGGAAAGACCGUGAUGAACGGACUGGACAGAGCCGUGAAGAAUCUGGAUGACAUCAAGGGCGUCUACAGUGAUCUGAGUGUGAUGCACUCCGAGAAACUGCAUGUGGAUCCUGAUAACUUCAGGAACCUGGCUGACAUCAUCACCGUGUGUGUGGCCAUGAAGUUCGGCCCCUCUGGCUUCAGCCCCGAUGCCCAAGAGGCCUGGCAGAAGUUCCUGUCUGUCGUUGUCUCAGCUCUCGGCAGACAGUACCACUAGAUUCUGCAUCGUGUCGUUGGGGAGAAACAACAUGAGCUCGUAGCGCAAUGCUAAGAUAAUGUUCUCACACGAUGAAUAAAUAAAAUCAGUCACUAUCA